GCCACGUGACAAUGUUUACUUUAUCACCGUAGCGCAGAGACGUCUGAGCGGUAGGAAAUGUACCUGUUCUACUCGUCCGGGAAUCAUCUGAAGAAAUAUUAAGUACAGCUUCUGGAAUAUUUCCUUUCACUUCCUGGUACCUCCACACUGACCCACUGGUUAGACCGUGAAAUUGGGACUUUGGGUGUGAAUAUUAGGCGAGCUGAAGAACCUCUUCCACAUUUCUGAAUCCAUUUUGUUCCAUUUAUAAAAAAUAAAAAAAGAUGAGCGUCUCCAGGCAGGUUGCCAUAGAACUGGUGAGGGUGUACGAUAACAGAUUGGAGCAGCAAAUUGUGCAGCGGGGCUCCAGCCUGGCUUGCAGAGAUGAGGAACUGUGGAAUGAGGUGGAGGGCUUGUUGAGGGAUGGAGAUGCUAAGGAGAAACACUGUCUGGGUCUGGAUCCACUCGUGGUAAUGGAGGAGUCUUUGAAGGCCGCUGCAUCAGCACCAGCAGCAACAUGCAGCAGACGAGUGAAAGCCAGAGGAGAGCUUCACGGCUUGGCGAAAGCUUUUGAGGUUCUAGAGCAAGCAGCCCUAAACCUGUAUCUGGGUCCCUGGAGGAAGGAGUACAGCGUCAUCAAGAUGUACUCUGGUACAUUUACCCACUGCAUCACACCCGUGCUGUCCAUGCCCCAGAUUGAGAAACUCUUCGGGCUGUUGGGAUACCAGCCCAGUGCCACCUGGCCUCAGCAGCUCUGCCUCCAGCCACCCAGAGUCAGCCCUGCUUUCCUGGAUGAUCUCCUACGUUUGUCUUGUGCCUUCUUCCUCGCCCGCUGUGAGUGCUACCUUCUGCUGACGGCUCUAGGGAAGCACGUCGGCGAUGCUCAGUGGGAGCUGGGCGUGGUGAGGGAGCGGCGGAAAGGAAACAGCUUGCAGGUUGCCCUGGACAACACCAAGAAGACGCUUGAGAUCAGCCAGUCUGCAGUGGAGCCACCAGACAGGGAACCGGAUCUGUACAGAGAUGACCUGGUUAAUGGGGGGCAGGAAGAUCUGAAUGAAGGUGGAAAGAGUCCAGAUUCCCAGCAGGGGCUCAGUAAGGCUGAACCUGAAGCCGACCACUCCUGCACAUGUCUCCGUUCUCCUGUUUGUCCUAAACACUGCCUUGAAUGCAACACCUUGCACAAUAUCACCUGUGCCUUUCUUGGUAGUUGUGAAGCAGAAGGUCACAACGUGCUGUUCCAAGACCCUUCCUGCCUUUAUCCAAUCACUUUCCACGAGUGCUGCGACUUGUCCACACCGGACCCUCAGGUCCUGUGUCGAGGCUGCAGGGUCUUCCACUCUGGUUCCUGCAAAGAGGGGAAAUUGUGCCAAACCAACCACAACGUGAGCUCCCUGGGAGAGUGCUUCUGUGGGAAGGUGUGCUCCAGGAGUCCACUGGUUCUGUGCAGAUAUUGUGGAACUGAGUAUUGUAGCAACUGUUGGUACAAAAAUCCUAUUACGUGCACAUGUGGCCAAACGUUUGACCAGUCUUCAUCUGUGUGAUUUGUAUGUGACAAGUUUUGCACUAAUGAGGCACAUUUAGCUAAAUCACUGUGCCUUAAAUCUGCAAACUGGAAGCAGCUUUCUUCUUUUGGAUCAACAGAUUUAAAUGUUGCCUUGUGAGAAAUGCAGUAUUAUUCGUGCUUCAGCGUUUGUCUUUCACUCAUCUAGUUAAUCUGUGUGUUGCCACAUGUUCAUUAUUAUAAAAGUAAUGUAGUGUGAAGACAGCGUGGAUAAUUUGUGCACCUGUGUCACUUUACCUGAUGUGAAGCACAACAGUUUUUUAUGUUUGUCAUUUACGUACAAUGUGGAGUAAAAAGGGUCAACUAGCA